UAACCAUACAAUAUGUGUUUAUCAACGUGUUAUCUAUCUGUUUAUUUAUCAAUGUAUGUUUAAGAUAAGUAUAAUAACUGUGUAACGAACAUUACGGUCAGGUUGAACAGGAUUUACUGAUGCAAGAUGUCGUACAAAGUAGAAACCCUAAGUAAGAACGCUACAACAACUAUUGGAGAAGCGCCUCAUUGGGACGAGCUAACCCAGACAUUGCUUUUCGUGGACUUGCUAGCUGGCAAUGUGCAUCGUUAUAACACGUUUAAUAAAAUAGAGGAAAAGCGACAUAUCGGUGAACAUGUAUCACUAGUGGUACCAAGAAAAUGUGGAGGUUAUGUGGUAGGCACUGGUGUAAAUAUCUCCCAUCUUGAUUGGGUGUCGGGUAAUCUAACAACAUUAGCUACAGUGGAAGUGCCAGAAGGUGGCAAAUUUAACGACGGAAAAUGUGACGCUUCUGGGCGGUUAUGGGCAGGAACAGUUGGUCCGAAACUCUCACCGACCGUGUUCAAACCGGAAUCCGCGUUUUUGUACAGUCUAGAUACAAAGCAGAACAUUAAACAACAUUUGGAUAAAAUAACCAUAUCUAAUGGUAUGACGUGGACCAAUAAUAACACCAAAAUGUAUUAUAUUGAUUCAACUCCUAGAAUUAUAUAUUCCUUUGAUUAUAAUCUGACUGAUGGAACUUUGGCAAAUAAACAAGAGUUAAUCAAGUUCCCACAGGAAAACUUUAAAACCCUGGGUAAUCCCGAUGGUAUGACGUCAGAUGUUGACGGUAAAAUAUGGUGUGCGUUUUUUGGUGGAAGUUGUGUUAUCCGGUUCGACCAAGAGACUGGUCAAGAGAUUUCCAGAAUUGAUUUACCAACAAGUCUGAUCACUUCCUGUUGUUGGGGCGGUAAGAAUUUUGACGAGCUUUACGUCACAUCCGCUAAACGUGGACUUACUGACGAGUUAGCUGGAUCAGUGUUUAGAGUUACGGGUCUUGGAACAAGCGGAACCCGUGCUGAGACAUAUUGGGGAUAAACAUAUAUGGAUGGAUGAUAUAUUUUUUAAAAAAAGAUGACGACAUUAAAAAUAGCUGCUUUUAAUAUAUCUAUGAAUAAGUUCAUGUCAUAAAUUCA